AUGUCUCCAGUACUAGUUUAUCUCCUCGCCUCUGUCGGAUACGACAUACUGUUUCACCCUCUGGCCAACUACCCCGGCCCCAAGCUGCGAGCCGCCAGUCUGACCCCCUAUCUCUGGGCCCUGAUCAGCGGCAGACACCAUACCUCCGUCUCAGACCUCCAUCGGCAAUACGGCCCAGUCGUGCGAAUCGCCCCCAACAAACUGUCCUACAUCACCCCACAAGCAUGGAAAGACAUCUACGGCCACAAAAAAGCCAACGAGCCCGAAAUGGCCAAGGACGCCAAAUGGCAGGUUGCCGAUCCCAACUCGCCAUCCACCCGCGAGCAACACGGCCAUUAUCGGAGGCUCUUUUCGAAUGGGUUCUCGAACCGGUCCUUGCGCGAGCAGGAGCCCCUGUUGCAGGGCUACAUAGACAUGCUGAUGGACGGGCUGGAACGGGCGGCCCGCGACAAACACCCGGUUGAUAUUGUCCAGUGGUUCAACUGGACGAUUUUCGACAUCAUCGGCGAUCUGACGUUUGGCGAAUCGUUCGAGUGUCUGGAAAAGGCCACCCUUCAUCCGUGGGUUGGCAAUAUGUUCCAAGCGAUCAAGGGGAACAUGCUUAUCCGGGUCAUGCAGGAGACUCCGGGUCUGGGGCCGUAUACGGCUGGUAUCCUUCGGUAUGUCCUCCCGGGCAAGGCGUUGAAGAAGAGGGAGGCACAUUUCCAGUAUACAAGGGAGAAGGUCAACCGGCGACUGGGCAACUUGAGUCCGCGGUCUGACUUUAUGGACCAUGUGCUGCAUCAGCCGGAAGGACGGGGCUUGACGUCUCCCGAGCUCCUGAGUAACUCGUCGCUGCUUAUUAUGGCUGGGAGCGAGACAACGGCCACGCUGCUUUCUGGAGCGGUGUAUCUGCUCCUGACGAAUCCGGGGAAGAUGCAGAAGCUCGUGGAUGAGCUGAGCACCGUAUUUCCCGGUGGUAGCAUGGUCAAUAUUAAAUCGACCAGCCGUCUCACUUAUCUCCCCGCUGUGAUCGAGGAGACUCCGGCUCUACCCGCUGCUUGCUGUUGGGAUUCCUCGCGUUGUACCGGAUGGAGGCUGGGUUAUCGAUGGACAACUUCCGUAGCUGUGCAUCAUUUGGCCGCGUAUCACUCGCCGCUGAAUUUUGAGCAGCCGGAGGAUUUCAUUCCAGAGCGGUUUAUCGAUACUUCGGCGUUUCAAGAUCAGCGGGACGUCUUGCAGCCUUUUAGCGUUGGGCCACGGAACUGUAUUGGGAAGAACUUGGCGUACGCAGAGACCAGACUCAUCCUGGCGAGGCUGUUUUCUCAGUUUGAACUGGAGUUGAUGUCGGAGUCUGAUGGUUGGAUUGAUCAACGGACAUAUGUGAUCUGGGAAAAGCCUCCCAUGGUGAUUCGUAGAUACGACUUAUAUGAGCUGUUCAUCUUGUGCAAGGCCCAACCCAGACAACUUCUACUUAAGCGUGCGCAGAAUCUUGACGUGCAGUCCAUGGCUUCCAUCCAAGUGUGGCAAUGGGUGUUGAAUAAUCUACAUGAACCGCCGAACAAGCAUCGUUUACAUUGUGUUGGUGGUGCCGGUUUCCACGUGCACCUUUACGGGGUCCAGGAAUUAUCUGCCCAACAGCGGGAGGACACCACCGUCUUGUUCCAUAUCCACGGCCGGACAAGAACGUACAAAGAUGCCGAACCAAUAGCCCACCAGCUUCUUUUUGGAAUAAGAGAAAGAGGGGACUCCAACAAAGGCCUCGUGGUGGCGACUUUGGAUAAUCGCAACCACGGUUCCAGAGCAACAAGACAUGCUGUCCACAAUUGGUAUGUCUCCCAAAAGAGCAAGCCGACGUUAUCUUAUAUAUGUACCACAGAUGGAACCGUCGUCGACAUCAAACUGGUCAUGAAAUACCUCGCGUCUUAUGUCGACGGCAUUUUCCAUCCGACCCAGUUCAUAGUGACCGGUAUCUCCCUGGGAGGCCACAUCACCUGGAACAUGCUCGCCGAGGAACCCUCUAUCGCUGGCGCUAUCAUCAUCGUCGGAUCGCCCAACCUCACUGAUAUGCUCGUGGAACGCCUGGGAUACGCCUCCCUAUCCGACAUACCAGAGAACACGAAGGAGUGGCCGAGGUCCAUCGAACGACUAUAUCGAGAGCGCGACCAGGCGCUUGAAAUAAUAGUGGGCAAGAAGAUUCUGAUAUUGAAUGGGGCUCUCGAUACCCUGGUCCCCAGUAAAUUCACAGACCCCUGGGUUGCAAAGUACGCGCACCAGAACGACGUCAAGUUUAUCGUCCAGGAAGAUUGUGGGCAUUCUAGCCUGACAUUCUCAACGCUGAACUCCGUUCACCCGGGCUCCUACUGUACUGGAUUUCCCUUUCCCCUCCGACGAUUUGUGGACAUACACUCCGUAUGGGCUCGGCGGCUCGUCCCGGAUGCCUGCGGAACCCCGAUCCGAUAUACAAUACAAAGUCUGCUACCCCAGUCGAUGCCGGUUCGGUUCGGGCUUUGUGUAAUCAGCCUUCACUACAGAAUCGGCUGCCACUUACUAAAACCGCUGAUCAGCAGCAAAUCGACGAUCCAUGGUUUAGACCCCUCCUGUGGUGCUCCGCAUUCGGCAUCCACAUUACCACCGCCUGCAACUCUGCGCAUUGCAUCACUUCCGCAACUCCGCAACCCAAUGCAAAGAAUCAUGUCCAAGAACUACGCAAAAGUCCUCGACUUCUGGUUCGGCCCCAAGGGCUCCCCCGGCUACCUCCAGCCAAAGUCCUUCUGGUACGGCAGUCCUUCCGACGACGCCCACGUCCGGAAGCACCUGAGCCGGGACUACGAAGCCGCCAAGAGUGGCUCGUUGGAUUUAUGGAGGGAAGAAGGACAGGGCGAAGGCGCUCUGGCACUUAUCAUCCUCCUCGAUCAAGUUCCGCGCAACAUCUUCCGUGACACUCCGCAGGCGUACGCGACGGAUUCCCAGGCGUUGACGGUUGCGCGGUAUGCGGUGGACCGCGGCUGGGACAAGGGCUUGCCUACUGUUCAACGACGGUAUAUGUACUCUCCUUUUAAUCAUUCGGAGGAUUUGAAGGAUCAGGAGAUGUCGACCAAGAAGCGGGGUAGUAAGAUAGCUCCAUUGCACCAUCUGUCCACAUCACCCAGGGACCAACCUGCACGACUACUAGAGGUACCAUGCCACCUGCAAAGAUCAUCUGUGUCAUUGGCGCAACAGGGAAUCAAGGCGGCUCAGUCGCCCGUCGUUUCCUCCAAGACCCAAGCUAUCAUGUCCGCGGCAUCACUCGCAACCCCUCGUCCCCCGCAGCGCAGCAGCUGUCCGCCGCAGGAGUCGAACCUGGUGGCUGCAUUCCAUGGGGCGAACGUCAUAUUCAGCGUGACCAACUACUGGGAGCCUUUCUUCCGACCAGACUGUCGAGCCAAAGCCGCAGAGCUGGGAAUCUCGUGUCGGCGGUACGCCUACGAUGUCGAGCUCCAGCAAGGAAAGAAUAUCGCCGAUGCUGCCGCGCAGACGGUUAAUUCCCUCGAUGAAAAUGGCUUCAUUGUAUCGACUCUGAGUCACGCCAAAGAAUGUAGCGGGGGCCGGUUCUCAGAACUGUAUCAUUUCGAUGCAAAGGCUGAAGUCUUCCCCGGGUAUGUGAAUGCACAGUAUCCGGAGCUGGCGAGGAAGAUGUCCUGUGUGCAGACCGGGUAUUUCAUGUCAAGCUAUAAGCUGUUCCCGGAGGGGUAUUUGCGGAAGACGACCAAGGAUGGAAAGGUCUCAUUUGAAAUGACCUUUACCACUUCACCAGAUGCACCGGUUCCUCACCUCGACGUCAACGGAGACACGGGUAACUUUGUCUACGCGGUGUCGAAAAUGCCUCCGGGAAAGAGCUACAUGGCCUGCGGGACGACGUGCAGCUGGACGGAGUAUAUGCGCAUCUGGGGGGAAGUAAACUCCAUUCCGGCCUGUUAUCGGCAGAUCACCUUGGAGGAGCUCAUUGCCCAGGCGCCGGACCCCGAGUUUGGCCGCGAAGUCGGCGAUAUGUUUUCAUAUUCUACAGAGCCGGGCUAUGAUGGGAAUGAUAAGAGUCUGUUGACUGCAUUGGAUAUACGAAAUGCGGGAAUUGACUGUCCGAUGACCAGCUUGAAGGAGUGGAUGGAGAAAGAAGACUGGUCGCAGGUUCUAUGA